CAUGCUGGUGACAUCCUGCAAGGAUAACAUCUGCCGAGUGUGGGUGGAGACGGUGCUACCGGACGAUGGACUGGUGAACAUGCACCAGUUCGAUCCCCUUGCCGCUCAGAAUCCCAAGUUCCGCACGCACAGGCACAAGCACCGGUUCAUGCAGCGGCUGAAGCAUAUGAAAACAUGUUUCCACAUCAGACGGCACGCCAAGCACCAGCAGAGCCUCAACGGGGUUUAUAACCAGACGAUACCCACACUGCCGUCUACUUACAGUGUGCACGACUUCCAUAGCUAUGGCUUCCACGGGACCGGUGUUACCCCUGGUCUUCACUUCCAUCUGGCCGCCAGCAUCAACGCUGAGACAGAUAUACCUCUGGUACCCAGCCUUAUGACUGGAGAUCCGGAGAGAGAACCCAACUUUGUCCUCCAUUGGCUCAACAACAAAGAGACUGCCUUUUCUCUACAGGCUGAAAGUCUACUACAGGAAUUAACUAGAAAGGUAGUAGAGAAAGAAGAAGGUCUACAUUUCGAGACGAGUAACCAUGAUUCUUCUGACCACCAUGAGACAGCAGAAGCUGCUGGGGAACGCACACCAAACAAGAAAACCGGGACAGGAAAGGUGUCGAAGUCGGUGUCACAGGACGAGAGCAGCGACGAGCACCAGCACGGUCAGAGCAGCUUCCCCAACAGUAGUCACCACACACUCAGCAAUGCGACGUCUAUCAACUCCCUGGCGACAGACACAGCUGGACCUCCUACUGGCGGCCACAUCUCUGACUCGUUGGAUGCCAAGAUAGAGGCCUUGCUGCGCGACUGGCACCACAACCCUGACCUGCUCUUUGCCAUCCACCCCAUCGACGGCAGCUUCCUCAUCUGGGUGGUGGAGUGGCUCGACGAAUAUCAUCCCGGUUCGUUCAGACAAGCACAAGUAUCAUUCUCGACUCGCAUCCCGUCAGCGUUCCCGCUGGGCGACGCAAUGACCAUGUCCAACAAUGUCUGCCUGUAUCACACAUCGUGCUGUCACCUGCAGCUGGUGUUUCGUGACGUAGUGAAGACUGCCGCCGCCACCAAGUCUCCACCCAACGGCCCUGCGACCGGUAAUGAAGAUCCGCAGUCGACACCGUUACCCAGUGUGAUAGAAGAGGACACGGACCCGGAGACUACGGGGGCAGGAGAGGGCGGGGCGACCCUAGGCGGAGACUCCGCCGGGGCCGAACGUGGACCCGGUAGCUCGACGGGGGGUGACACUCCUUCCCUCCAUGACCUGCUGACCGCACCCCCCUCACCUACACUCAGCAUGGUCACCAAACACAGCAACGGUACACUCAACCUGUGGCAGUUGACCUUCGCUGACAAAACCAAGUUCACACAGGUCCUGAGUAUCGGCCAUGCGUCCCGAGCGUCAGGUCACAGGUUCCGAGUGAACGACAUAACCUGUCAUCCCGUGCUCCCGCUGCUGCUGACCACUUCCCACCACAACCUGCCCGAGGAUGCUCCUGUGUGCCAGAGUCCUUGUUGCGACGACCCCACCACGCUCACCGGUUUUUGUAGUGAACUGAUCCUAUGGCGUGUGGAUGCCGUCGGCCCACUGUCCAAGUCUGGAGGCGUGUCUGAACUUGCGCGAAUCAACUCACCGAAGAUGUCAGCCUUCUCAAACGUGGCCUGGAUACCAACUUUACUGCCAAGCACAACACUAGGCAACCUGUCCAAUUCUCCAAGUGCCUGUUUUGUUGCUUCGGACGGGGAGAGUCUCCGUGUGUAUCAAGCUGUCAUCGAUGCCCGGACACUGCUCGCAGAGGUCUCUACUUCCGAGAGGCGCAGUCGCAUGAUGGGGUCGCAGAUGAGCUUGUCGACCGAUCUAUCGUCAGAAGACGGAGCCAAACACAACUCUCUCCACGACCGUAUCAAGAUCGUGUCCCAACAGUCGACAGCUCGACCUGGCUGUGUUAUACAGUUGGACGCCAUCGCUGACGCCACUCAUGACUGGCAGAACACACAGUUCCUGCACGUGUUCCAAGAGCAGCUGAUCACGGGGGAGAGCGAGGGCGGGGUCGCUCAGCAGUUGGGUCUCAGUCUGACAGAGGGACGGCUCAGUGCCAUAGUGGAUCUGCAACAGAACGCAGAGUUCGAGGAGCCCUUCUACCUCGUGGUGCUGGAGCGCACCACACAGGGCACCACCAUCCACACAUGGCGCAUUGUCAUCUCCUCUCAGACCGAUAACAACGAGUUGAACGGUAGCCUAAUGUAUGUCCCGGACAGUCAGCUGGUGCAGGACGACACUGUGGAGGAUAUGGACUCGUCGUCAAGAGUGUGUGAGGAUUCAGGGCACGGACUUGUCAACACAGGACAUGUACAGAUUACCACAACUAAGGUCUGCACACAAGAACUGCCACUGCCCGAUGGAGUGGAUGUGAUACACGCUGCCCCUGCGGGGGGUCACCUCAGUUCUGCCUCCAUUUACCCAGCAUGCUUUGCGCCAUACAUCAUCGUCACAGCAUGCUCCGAUAGCACUAUCAGAUUCUGGAAGUGUAAAUUAGGGAAGAAAGUGAAUGGAAAGAUAGAACAGACGUACGAGUGGCAAGAGUGGGAGAUGCUGCGUAAGGAUAAAGAAUCCAUGAUUGAGAUUUCAGGUCAGCCGUUGAACAUCAACGCAGCCUACAGUGGACGGAUAGCCUGUGCCUACAAGUAUGGCAAGUCAUUUACAAGGCCUUCUCGGAAAGAUCCAGACUCCAGAUACGUCAACUUGUGUGUGGCCAUAUAUGAAUGUGAAAGCACUGGCGGAUCGGAGUGGGUGCUGGAAGACACACUGCACCUGAAGAACAUCCACUUGCCCCGCAUCCAGGUGGACCCCAGUGUGGACCUGAGCUACAUCUACGAUCACACGUUCCUCAGCAAGAAACAGCGGCUGCAGAACAACUUCAUCAAGGCGAUGAGCAACGAGGAUCUGGACCCGAGACGCAACGGGGAGCUCAACGGCCUCACUGAGCCGGCCAGCCUGGUCAAAACCGGAGCUGGUUUGCUGGCAGUGCCCAGUUUCAGUACGCUGCAGUCUCUGCGUAAGAGCAUCAUUGAGAACGGUAACAACUGUCCAUUGACUCAAAAACACCUGGUUCAGCUGGACUGGGUGUCCAAGGAGGAUGGUUCACACAUACUGACAGUGGCAGUGGGCAGCAAGGUGAUGCUGUUUACCCCUGUGUCCAGUGACCUAGCCCAGGCCAACAUGAAAGCCAUGAAAGAGUCCCAGUCCACAAAUAGACCAAUAUUGCGGAAAGCCUCGUCUCUAGCUGCACCUAACUUUGUAGACGAGAUCAGAUGGAUGAAACUGAGGAAGAUAGACCUGACGACAGCCGAUGGACUGCCGGCUCUGCCCAUGCAGCUAUCAUGGGUCAGGGACGGCAUCUUAGUCGUGGGGAUGGACAGUGAGAUGCACGUCUACUCUCAGUGGAAGCCAGACAACGUUGGCGCUAAACGGCUGCUCGGAUCGCGGCUCCCCCACCAGGAGUCUGAGGAAGCGCAGGACACAAGGAACUUGAGGGACGAAGACCUCCGGAACAUGGCUCAGGACACGACACAGCGCAGGUUGGCCAACGUCAGCUCCAUGCCACAUCUGUCCAGAGUCAGUUCUAUCAACUUGACCAUGAUGGCCUCUGGUGAACCCAAGAAGAAACGUAACACCAGCGCAAGCGGACAAGGAGGUGCAGUAGCCAGUGAACCGGCCAGCAACAUGGACUCGUACAUGCCGGACUACGGGCUGUUCGAGGCCAGCAGGAUCGCCUGUCCCGUGCUGCCCCAGUACCACCCCAAACAGCUCAUGGAGCUGCUCAACUCCGGCAAGAUCCGCUGGGUCAAGGCCAUCCUCGCUCAUCUGGUCAGGUGUAUAUCUGGAACAUGUAGCGUGCGGCAAGGCGCGGUGGUCUGCACAUUCACGGACGAGGAGAACUUGACGAGACAGAGAGGCUGGUCACGCUCACGCACGCUCUCCGUUAGCUAUGCUGCUGGCACCACCAGUCCUCUGGAACAGCGAGGAUCCACGACAGCGAUACCAGAGGAGUUGACGCUAGACUACGCGGAGAUAACAUCCAUUCCUCCGUUACCUCUGUGGACCCUGCUGGCCGCCGAUAAGGAGACACCGACGAAGCCCACCGCAGAUGACCAACAGGAUUACAACCAGCUGUUUGAUGGCAACGUUCCCAUGGAGUCCCUGGACGACUUGCUGGACGAGGACGAGGAGGACGAUUCUCUGCGGAGAUGUGACAGGAGGCAGUCUGCCAACCCGGACAAACAGUGUACGCUCAGCCACUUCGGUCCAAGACAGGGUCGGCUGUUGUCGCGCCUGCUGACCCACACACACCUGCCCGGACUGUCCAGCCUGGACCAGAUGCACCUGCUGGCUCUAGCUGACACGGUGUCCACGUGUAACACUGACUUCUCCGAGCGGUUCGCCAUCGACGCGGCCAAACACGCCAUCGCCAAGGAGAACCUCUCCGGUGUACCCGAGGGCGAGGCCUCGUCAGAUUCACUAGAUGACUGUGGACUUCGGUUUCUGUUGGCUAUGAAGCACUACAACUACUUGCUGCGCUGUCUUCCGCUCGCGCAGAGAGCCAAGUUUCAACGACAGGGUGUGGCCACCAACAAUUUGGUUUGGGCGUUUCACUCUGAGAGCGAGGAGGAGCUGUUGGCGCUCGUGCCGUCGUACAGUAAGGGCUCCCCACGCUGGAGCACGCUCAAGGAGCUGGGUGUCGGUUGGUGGCUGAGGAACCAUACUCUGCUGCGUACCUGCAUGGAGAAGGUGGCCAAAGCAUCUUAUCAGGUGAACCAAGAUCCACUGGAUGCUGCCAUCUUUUACCUGGCGAUGAAGAAGAAGUCAUUGGUGUGGGCUCUGUUCCGCUCCAUGAGAGACGAUCGGAUGACCUCGUUCUUCGCCAACAAUUUUGAGGAGGACAGAUGGCGCAAGGCUGCACUAAAGAACGCCUUCGCUCUGCUCGGAAAACAGAGGUUCGAACACGCUGCUGCCUUCUUUCUUCUCGCGGGGGCCCUGAGAGACGCAGUAGAGGUUUGUCUCAACAAGCUGGAGGACCUGCAGCUGGCCAUGGUGAUAACCAGACUGUACGAGGGUGACAUGGACUCCACACCACCCAGUCUCAAGAGACUUCUUUACGAGGAGGUCCUGGGUUGUGACGCCAAAGGAGAGAACCAGAGCCAGCAGCAGGCACAUCCUGACCCGUUCCUGCGCUCCAUGGCUCUCUGGAUACUCAAGGAGUACACGGGCAGUCUCAACACACUGCUGCUGCAGACCAACGUGGGCAACAUGCAUCCACUCUACCAGGACGACAAGCAGGAGGGCUCCACAGCAAAUCCAAAUGUGUUUAACUUCUACGUGUACCUGCGCACCCACUCCCCUUGGUGAUCAGACAGUACCUGGCUGCCUCCUACCAGGACAAGAAGAAACACACUGUGGUGCUCUCUGGGUUUAGCUACGGCAUGGAGAACAGCACCAAGCAACAGACUUCGGAUAGG